GGCAACACUGUCGACCUGACUUUUCGCUCGUCACGGAAGGUUUUGUGUUGAAGGAAAUUUCUGUAAUCUAAUUCAAUUAUUAGCCAUUUCUCCGAAAUGUAUUCGUCAAAAGUUUAUAAUUUCACUAUAGUUUGCCCUGUAAAUAUAACUAACUUGUCCCGGCCUAGUGUAGUAUAAAAAUGUUCUUUAUUUACAUGACUUUGGUAGCGCAGUAAAAGUGGAGUUAUUUUCGUGUGUAAAUUAUCAAAACAGAGGUGUUUAUCCUUAGAAAUGGAUAAAGGAGUGACGUGUGAACACUUGAACAAGCUGACGGACCACCUCGGGAAGGAUUUGUGGUCGGCGAAGGAUGUGCUAACAUGCUUCGACUGCGGCUGUCCCGGACCCAACCUCUGGAUCUGUCUGCAGCCCGACUGCCACCACAUCGGGUGCUCCGAAGUCAAAAAUGAUCACAGCACUUUACACCAAAAGAACUACCCAACCCACUGCGUGCACAUGAAUGUGUCCACGGAGAGGAUAUGGUGCUACCUGUGCGAGAAGGAGGUGCACACACGGGCUGCGCUGGCGCACGCCGCGAUAAAUCCGGACUCAACGUCAUUACUAGACGGCGCGACGGUGAGUCGGCGGCUGGGCACUGUGGGGUUGAAUGUCAGCGCCGACGACAGCGACAACGAUGAAAUGGACUACGACGGCGAGGCGCGUCCUAGAGGUCUGGUGGGCCUCCAGAACAUGGGCAACACGUGCUACAUGAACGCGGCGCUCCAGGCGUUGAGCAACACGGCGCCGCUAACGUCAUACUUCCUCGAGUGCGGCGCCGCCGUCGCCGUGCUCGCCGCUGACAAGAAACCUGGACUUAGUCGAGCAUACCAAAAAUUAAUCAAAGAUAUGUGGAGUACAAAAACUAGAGGCUACGUUGUACCUAAUGGGAUACUGUAUGGAAUACGAAAUGUGCACCCUAUGUUCCGCGGCUACCACCAGCACGACACGCAGGAGUUCCUCAGGUGUUUCAUGGACCAGUUGCACGAGGAACUCAAAGAACCGGUAUGGGACAGUUCGUCAGAGGACAAACUGGGCUCGGAGGCGGACGGCGACCACACGGCGGGCCCGCGGCGGUCCCCAGCGGGGCGGCGCCGCGCCGCCUCCUCGGGCCCCCACGACGCCCCCUUCUACCGCCCACGACGCAAGUCCCCAGCCCCCAGCUGCUACAGUGACACCAGGGCUGACGGCUACAAGAGGGUACAGAGUUCAGAACCGGGCGGCCGACACAGGCGGUCGGCGAGUUUCGCGGGCACACACCACCUCUCAUACAACGUUCACACCACGCUCCAGAUCAACGGCCCCGACAGUCAGCGCGACAUAGGCUCAGAGUCGGAGCUAUCGUGCUCGAGCGAGGCGGAGGAGCGGUACGAAACAUGUUCCAGCGGCGCUAGUGAUGCGCCAGACCCGCGUACGGAGCGACACACUAAGCAGCCAGUGUCGUGCGGGGACGGCGACGGUGGCGGCGGCGGGGUCCGCUACCGCAGUGUUAUAUCCGAUGUGUUCGACGGCAAGCUGCUCUCCGCUGUCCAGUGCCUCAUCUGUGAUAGGGUAUCGACCCGCAUGGAGACAUUCCAGGACCUGUCGCUGCCCAUUCCAUCCCGAGACCACCUCGCCGUGCUGCGCCACCAGGCACACCACCAUCACCACGCCAACAACGACUCCUGGGUAUGGUGGCUGGUGUCGUGGCUUCGCUCGUGGUUCUACGGGCCGGUGGUCUCCCUGCAAGACUGCCUCGCCGCCUUCUUCAGUGCAGACGAACUCAAGGGCGAUAAUAUGUACAGUUGUUCGCGCUGCAACAAGCUCCGCAACGGCGUGAAGAUGUCGGGCGUGGUGCGUCUGCCCGAGGUGCUGUGCGUGCACCUGAAGCGGUUCCGCCACGAGCUGAUGUUCAGCGCCAAGGUGGCCGCGCGCGUCUCCUUCCCGAUACACGACCUCAAUAUGGCGCCCUACAUGCAUAAAGACUGCACGUCCAAGAUCUCCCGCUACGAGCUGUGCGCCGUGAUCUGCCACGCGGGCACGGCGGGCGGCGGGCACUACACGUGCGUGGCGCGCAACCCUCGCGGCUGGUACGCCUUCGACGACCAGGCCGUCACGCCCGUGCCCGUGCACCACCUGGCCGCCUGCGAGGCCUACGUGCUCUUCUACAGGAAAGUGAAUCCCCAAAUGGCAGUGCUGCGGGCGAAAGCGGCUGAGAUCCUGGAGUCGACGACGGUUGAACCCAACGACAUCAAGUUCUAUAUUUCCAAGCAGUGGAUCAAUAAGUUCAACACGUGGGCGGAGCCGGGCGCCAUCGACAACAGCGACUUCGUGUGCGGCCACGGCGGCGUGCGGCCCGACCGCGCGGCGCACCUGCACCAGCUGGCCGCCGUCGUGCCGCAGCCGCUCUGGGAGUUCCUGCACGCACAGUUCGGCGGCGGGCCGGCCGUGUCGCACGCGCACGAGUGCUGCAGCUGCGCGCGCGCCGCCGUGCGCCUGCGCACGCGCCGCCUGGCCGAGCGCGCCGCCUUCGCCGAGCUACACGCCAGCUUCCAGGAACAAGAGCGCCCGCGCGCCAUAUAUGCAAUCAGCAUGCACUGGUUCCGGCAGUGGCAGGCCUUCGUAAGGAACAAGACGCAACAGCCGCCGCCACCCGUCGACAACACCGGGAUACUCACCAAACAGGAAAUCGACGGCGUGACGUCAUACGUGCUGAAGCCGGGCUCGGACCACGCGCAGCUCAGCGAGGAGCUGUGGAGGUUCUUUACGGAGAUCUACGGCGGCGGGCCCGAGGUCAAACUGAAGUCGCCCACCGCCACCUCGCAGCAGACCAUAUUCGUAGACAACCCGCCACUCUUCGACAACCGCCGCCUCUCGAGGAAAUAUUCGGAGUCGGACAAAGAGGAAUACUGCACCAAAUCCACCUCCGAGAUGAACAUCAGGGAGACCGUACACGGAGAGCUGCAGAAAAACCAGUCCCUCCAAAACAUAAACCGACGAUACAAGACGUCGAGGUCGGCGGCGGAGUCCGACGAGGAGGUGCCAUACAGACACACAUUCCAGUACAAGCACGAGCCCAACGGCAACUACGACUCGGACGAGGACAUGGACGCGAGCCCGCCGCGCCACAACGGCGUGGGCGGCCGCGGCCACGACGACAACCACAACCCGCUGCACGACGCGCUCGCCGACGCCGACCUCCCCAACCUCGACAGCAUAUCCCUCAAAAACAAACCCACCAAGGCCGGCAAAGUGAGAAAAAUGAAAAGACGGACAGUGAAAUGAUUCUUUCUAGCUUUCCAGUUCGUUCACAGGCUGAGGAAGACCGCGACGAGCGCCGCCGCCCCCGUCUAGAGCGCUCCUGUUUUCGGUGACUGGUGUAACAGUGCAUUUAUUAGGCUCGGCCUAACUAAACUUUGGGACUGUGGUCUCUUAAUAUUUUUCUAAAAUAUUUAACGGCGGCCGGGGAGGGUAGUAUUUUUAGUACAAUUUUAUCCGUUUAGUUCAAAUUCAGGUCUAGAAAAUUAGGUCUUUGAACGACGUUAUUCUAAUCAACUGUAUAUUUUACAAUAAUGUGUAUCUAUGUAAAAUUCUAUUGAUAAUAUUAACGGUAACACUGUAAAGAAAAUUAAUGUUUAUAGUAAUGUGACUGCAUGCAUUGCGUUAUGUCUGUUCUACCAUGGAUUAGGUAUUUAUUUUGUUAUUUCUGGUUCUAAGUCUAUGUGUUAUUUGUUAUCGAAUUGAUCAGCAAUAAAAUAUAUUUCAUCUAUAUUGGCUGCA